CACAGAAUGACGUCACUUAGUUACUACUCUUUGUGCAGUAUGUUUACAAAAUAUGAUCCGUGGGAAACAGAAAAACUAAAAAUAUAGGAUAAUACAAAAAUUGUGAUGGUUAAGUAAAAUGUAGCAUGAAGCGUUUGCAUUUAAAAAGCACCAAUGAAUUUCAUCCAUAAUAGCGAUCCAGAAUGGACACCUUCACAAUGGGAGUUCGAGGCAUUGAUGGAGGACCCAGUAUUCGUGGACUUUUUCAACGUUUACCUCUCUCUACCGACAUUUGGCCAAAAGAUAUUCUACAAAAUCUCAGAGGCGGAUUUUGAAUUUGAUCCUCCCAUUAGGCGUCAUGACAGUCACUUAAACAAAGACAGGUUGAUACAAUGGCUAUUGAAGGAAAGACUAUCGCUGUUCGUAAGGACAGAACUAUGGCUGGAGUACUGCCUGUGUCGCCAUCUACUGGAAACUCACGUACGCAUGGAGGACACCGGCAGCAAAGCAGGAGAUGAGACUCGGGAAUGGGAUGAGAUUAAGGUUAAAGGGUUUAUAAGGAAGACUGUGGGGAACGUCGUCGGUAUGAGGAACUUCCAUCAACAUCUGAGGGGAACCCCGGGGGAAUCCGCCAGGAGUUUUUGGUAUGACGUAGAAAAAUGUAAAAGGCUUCCCAAAGGGUCGGAGACAACUAAACAGUUCCUUCGUGAAAUACAAGGAAAGUAUUUCAUGAAGGGAGAUUCCUUUAAGAAUGCCUACAACGAGAAAUGGAUAGUGUUGAUGGGUCUCGAUUUAGAUAGAGAGACGUUAAAGACAAGAACAAGACGGAAAAGAAGCUCUGCAAGGAUAUCAUCAGGAACGCGCAAAGAAGAACAUGGUGCGCUUGACGAUUUACGGAAUAUAGUCUUGGAUUCGUUGAAAUCUUAUUGGCUUAAGCGAUUUCUUGUUCACUGUAAAUACACAGAAGCUAAACAGAAGAAAAUGGCACUCGCCAGUUUAACAAGGGAGGUAUAUAGAGUGGUAAAAGAGAAAGAGAAACCCGUGAAUACUGUGAAACAAACAUCAAAUGAACUGAGAAAGCAAGCGAUGUUUCCGAAAAUAUCGAACAAAGAUGUUGGGGAGUUCUUGACGAAAAGCCCAACGACAGUGGUAACAUCAAAGAAACAAAGUGACCUUGAGUUAAAAGAAGCUAUAAACCAUGAUAGUGACGAAUCCGACGACGAAUUUGAUAAGUUAAAAGAUGGUACCGAAAAAAAACGUUGAUAAGGUUAAACCAACUGAAAAUAGCGCUAAGAACAAAAACAUUUCAGGAAAAUAUCAGAUCGAUCGGAAAACAUCAUCACUCAGACAAUUUGCGAAAGAUUCAACGACAAGCGCGAAUUCCUCAAGAAGAACUUCAAAGAAUUCAAAACAGGAUAUUUUCAACCCGUCUGUGUCCGGUACAAUCGCGAACGAUAUAUCGGGUCACCGUUGUGAGACGGAGACUAACUCAAGUAGUCUUUACAGUUCCUACACAGCGUCUAUCCCUAGUCUACCGAACAUAGCAUCUGGGGCACGUUUAGCGUACAAAAACCGCGUCUACGAGCACGUGACAGAAUUCUGUAGUACUACAUACCGACGCGAUAAUUACGUCUACCACGAGGCUAUUUUCUCGGACAGAGCGUCCGGGUACGCGUUCCAAAAGUUCCUAGAGAGGCAGGGAAUCCUUGAAGAAGCCAAUUUAAUGAGAUACUUUCACGAAGCUGACGAUUACAUGUGCAUGAGUCCUACAACUGUUAAUAAUGUCGGAGAAACAUACAAGAUGAUGAAAGCAAUGCACCUCAUUGACACAUAUCUCACGUUUUCCUCGGUUGAUUACAUUUGGGUAUUUGAGGCGUUUACGAUUCUUUUGACCUAUUUAUUGCAAGAAGGACAAGGAGACGUUCUAGUGAAAUAUUCACAGGAUAAAAUUACUGAGAUGUUAAAAGGAAGAUGGCACGCGUUCAGAGACUAUGACUUGAAACAAUUCACAAAGGCUGUGCUAUCAAGAAAGACAAGGAGGAAUAAAGAAGAACAAGCAAGAAUGCCCUAUGAACACGUGGCUGUACAGAUUGACGAACCACUUCAAUUGUUCGCAGAGAAAAGAGUGCGACGAUCAUUUGAACUCAUCAAAGAUUUAUAUCAUGAAGGUGCAGACCAUCACCUAACAGACUAUAAAACCCCUACUGCCUUUAAUACAAGCAAUGAUGAAGGCAGUCUUUACGUACCAAAGAUCGUACAUUACAGAAGAAAAUUUAAGCAGAGAGGCGGUUAUAGAUCUAGAUUGCAUUACGUACUAGAAGACGAAGAACCGGAAGAACACGAUUCGGGUGUAGUACAUAGGGUGAGCAUAGUGGUACCGGAACAGGAGAUGAAACCAUUUUACAUGAGACCAAUCAGACGAAAUGGCCAACUUAUCGCAAGACCAAAUAGACCGAGAAGCUUCAUUGAGAUGAUGAGAGACCAUAUCCAUUUGGAAUUCUUCAAACGAUACCUCAGUCGACACGAUGCAGCUUUACCGUUACAGUUCUGGAUAUCUGUUGAAGAUAUGAAAACGAAACUCAAAGAUCUAAAAGGAAAAAAUAUCAAGAUAAACCUUCUAGUCAAGAAAUAUUUCGGGGAAGCGACAAACUUUGGGGAAGACCUUAAGUGCAACGCUGAUGUCAUAAAGGAAAUCCCAAAGCUGGAAAAGGUCACGCCAUCUAUGUUAAUAAGCGCACAGACUUGCGUGGCGCAUGACCUGGAGGAAAGAUGGUUCAAAAGCUAUGUGAACACGUUCGCUGAUGGGGACGUCAAUAACAGACAAUCGAGAUUGCGGGAUGGUCGACGCACGCGUUGUCAGACAAGAACGCAGCAGAUCGUGGUUAUGUUCGUAAGAAGCGUCAUGUGCUUUAGGGCAGGUAUCAUGAACCAGAAAACAAACAGACUCUUUCAUGAGUACCUGAAGCUGACUGUUCAGAAGGAGACGAUCACAACGACGCCAAAAUCGCGCAAUGCACCAGCGGCAUCACCACAUAUCUCCAUGAAGAAGAUUAACAAUAAAUUAAUCCAGCAAGAUAAACUCGUAAAUGAUUUGGCUUUUCUAGUUGAGGCGGAAAGGUAUAGACAGAUGGUUGACAACGCUACAUCUGCAGCACAGGCGGGUACGUACCGCAAAGAGGACGAGGAAAUGGUUGAGCAAAAAGCAUUCACAAUAAUUUGCUGUUUCAUAGAGUCAGAAAUACCACCAAAGAUACAGAUUAAUAUCUCUGCAGACACUGCAGAAGAAAUACUUGAGACGUUUCAGAGUGGUAUAUUGGACAGGGGGCUGUUCCAUAAUGCUAUGAUGUCGAUAUUUACGGUCCUUGUACAUUUCUGGAAAAAGUUUUCAAAAUGGAGGUUUUCUGCUAACCCCGGGGGUGAACCAGUGAUACAACCAGCUUCGUUUGAGUCGGAGAAACCCCAUAGAUGCAUUGAUACACCAAUAUACAAAGACUUUAACCUGAAAACGUUACCCACUUUACAGCCACAUGGGAUUAAUUAUGAUGAUGACCAUAAUGGUCACUUCAGGAUUCACUUCACACUCUUCGAUGGCCUCCGAUAUAUUGCGGCACAUAGCGAAAGACGUAAAUAUAAUUUCGGUAGCCAGUUGUCCUUAGCUGAAAGCAGGUCGAACAUAAAUAGGUCAAGGUCUAGCAAAAACAGAAUUAAUCGAUCAAGCAACCUCUUUUCCGUCAAAACACGGGAGAGUUUGGGGUUAGAUAUGUUCCCUGCGCCCCCACCCCCGAGAGCAAGACGUGUCAGUAUGGUUAGCGCGGGAAUGCUGGAGUCGGCAGCGGGGCCUGGAGUGGAAACAAUAGAAUACAGUGAUUUAAUCAAGCUUCAGUCAUUGUUGGGAGCUAAUGCUGAUUAAAGGAAAAUGGACAGUGACAUUUGAACAAACAUUUAGAAUAUGAGGCUUGACUAUUUGGCUCAGUAUAUGUGUGUUCAACAUAUUUUUGAAUCUUUAAGAUUUUGCUUAGGUCUAUAUCCGAGUUUUUGAAUCAUUGGUUUUAGCUAGCCUAUAUUUUUAGAAAAAGAUAAAAAUGCUAUAGAUGUUGCACAAGUGCAAUGGUCUAUUAUUUACUGUAUAGUUUCACAGAGACAAUGUGCUUUUAUUCUUCAUACAAAGUGUAAUGUUUGGAUAUUGUAGUUAGGAAACAUGUAAAUAACCAUCUUGAUCCAUCAAGGUAUUACAUUUAUGACUGUGCAUUCAUCUUAAUAUCAUGUUCACCUCCAUACAUAUUUUUAUUUUUAUCGUAUGAUCUAUAAAAUGAAGCCUUUUGAUUGGUCAGUUCUUGUGCUGUACCAAUCUGUAUUGCUACUGAGACUGUCUCCAUUGAUCAUCUCCGACUCGCAAUACGGAACAUAUUGGUACGGAGGGGACAUUCUCAGUAGCAAUACAGAGGAUCACACUUCGUCUCGUUCCAAUACGGAAUUUC